AUGGAAACACAAGUUAGAAGUGUUGUUGUGAUAUUGUUCGUAUUUGCUCUUAUUUUCAUAGAAUUGGGAGUUGGUGUUGGGUUGCAAAUCAGUAGAGAUGAUCAUCAAUCAAAUGUAAGCUGCACAGAGGUUGAGCUUAAAGCUCUUCUCGAGUUGAGGGAAUCUCUCAUUGAUCAUUCAAAUCGUUUGUCGUCAUGGGUUGGAGAAUACUGUUGUACGUGGACGGGAGUGGGCUGCAGCAAGAGGACACGCAGAGUCGUCAAGCUUGAUCUACCCAAUUAUGAUGGAGCCAUGUUGCAAGGUGAGAUAAGUCCUUCUAUUCUCAAUCUGAGGCAUUUGCAUUACAUCAACUUGAGCUUUAAUAAUUUUUCAGGAACCCAAAUUCCAGAAUUCCUAGGCUCCCUUAAGAACCUAAGAUAUCUUGACCUCUCUGAUUCACAUUUUGAGGGGCAAAUUCCCCCCCAAUUUGGAAACCUCUCCAACUUGCAACAUCUCAAUCUUGGCUUCAACAAUUUACGAGGUCCAAUUCCUGAUACUCUUGGAAGCCUGUUAUCUCUCACUUUUCUUGAUCUCUCGUUGAAUAGUUUUGACUCCCAAAUUAUGCCUAGUUGGUUGUGUAAAAUGAGCAGCCUUGUUCAUUUGGGACUCUCUGAUGUAAGUUACGGAGGUCCAAUUCUUCCUUGCCUUUGCAACUUGACUUCUCUCACAGUCCUUGAUCUCUCUUGGAAUAGUUUUCAAGGUUCAGUCCCAAGUGAGAUAGGCAAUCUUACACAACUUACUGUCCUUGACCUCUCUCACAACAAGUUAGAAGGUGAAAUACCAAACACCAUAAGGAAUCUCUGCAGCUUGCACAGUUUCAAUUUGUCUUCUAACGAGUUCACCGGAGAGGUACCAUUUUUUCAGGGAAAUAAAUCUACUUGCCUCCAAAAAAGUUUAAAGGAGUUAUAUCUUUAUUCAAACAAGUUUAGUGGUUUUCUGCCAAAUCAGUUGGGAGAGUUUAAGAUGCUAGAGGAGUUAGAUGUCUCUAAUAAUUUAUUUAGUGGUCCAAUCCCAGCAUCAAUUGGAAGACUGUCAUCAUUAAGGUUUUAUAUGCAUCUGGUAAUCAGUUGA